UCACCAACUUAUUACCAGGUGGAAGAAAAAGUUUUCACGGGCAAAUUUAGGAAAAAUCGGUUACCCCAAAAACAAAGUCGAGGAAAUAAAAACAAAGCCGGCUAGAUUGUCAGAAAAUGGAUUUUCCCCGUGCAGACAUGAAAUAGAGGCAGCGAAAUGGACAUAAUCUUGCCCAGAGAAGCGCACGAUGCGCAAAAGUUCUUGGACUGCGCGGACAAGUUGGACUACGAUGAGUUUUCAGCGAAAAUGUUUGUGUUCUUCAACCAUCACAGCGAUGUGGACGUGUUCGAGUUGAUGGGCAACGACCGUCUGUCGCAGUUGCUCUACGGAUGGGAGGUGUGCCACCUGCCCACCCGCGAUCCUGAUUCCUUGAAGAAUCCUGCCCUGCGCCACAUCGUCCUCGUUCUGGCCCACCACUCGUUGCAGAUGCUGUUCAGCCAGGAGUGGAGCACCUGCUCCGAGGGACUCAAGCACCUGCUGCUCUACAGCCUCACCAAAGCGGUGCCGGCCUUCUACCAGAUCUCCGAGCUGGCCAAGUUCGACUGGCCAUACAUCAUGCAGUUCCAGACGAGACCCUGGAGCCUUCCCUACAUGCAGCAGCUGUUCCGCAACCUGAAGCAGAACAAACACCAUGCUAUCGAACACACGGUUCCUGUGGCAACAGGAGAAGACAUUGCUUUUCUGAAGCAGGAAGGCCUCUCCCUGGUUAUCCUGCGCCUCAUGCAGCUCUUCAACGCCGGCAACUUUGAGGCCGUCAAACAACUGGCUCUUCGCAUGCUAGCGGCCUGGUUGAAGGCCCACGAAAACUCGCCAUUUGCGUCCUUUGAACAGGAUCAGAACACCAUUACGCUGGUGGGGCACCUAUACCUCUUGACCGUUUUCGUAAGAGACGAAAACCGUGGCUAUGUUAUAGACAAUUUGAUGUACAACAUACGUUUCUACGCGCAGAGCAUGCAGGAAGCUUCGAUCUCACACGACAUUAACUUCACGCCCGCUCGGCUUAUUGCCCAGAUUUGUGUGCGACUGCGACUGAGCAGGAACGGGUUCUUCGAGCAGAUUGGCUUCAAGAAGUUCAAGCUCAAUCUGGUCACCUCCUUUGCCGUCAUGCUGGAGGCCUACUCCAGCUAUGUGCUGGGCAAUCUUUUGAUGGAACUGCAGUCACUGAACGAGCACGACUUCCUCGAGCACUUGCCCCAGUUCAAGGUGCUCAUGUAUCGCUACGUGGAGGAGCGAGAGAACAGCGAGCGUUUCCUCCUGGAGGAGCUGAAGAAGAUUGAGAAGCAGCGCAACAGCCACCUGCAGCCACAUGUGGUGGACCUCAAUCUGAACUACCAGCAGCAGAUAUGCAAGGGCAACCGGGCCAGCAACAUUGGAAACUACAAGAACUGCGACGACGACGAGAAGCCACUGCCGGAGACGGACGAAGAGCAGGACAGGCAGAUAGAUCCGGUGUUCCAGAACGUGCCAAACAACGAGGAGGUGCUAUCCUUCGUCUACAAACUGCUGGCCGAGCGGAACUUUUCUGGUUGGAAGUUUGCCAAGAUUGCGCUCCUGCUGAAAAUCAUUGGCCAGCAGCUGAAUGCCAUCGAAAUAUGGCGCUAUCAUCCCGGUCUGACCACCGCCUUCAUGCUCAACUUGGAGCAGAAGAUGUCGGUGAACUAUGCCGACUUGGCAAAGGUCUUCUCCGACCACGCCUUCAUGGAGGCAGAAUUCUGGCUGACGGCCUUCUAUCUCUACCCGAUAACUCUGCACUACAACGAGGUCAGGCGCUGUUCGCGCAUCAAGAAGAGGCGCCAGGAGGAGGAUAACUGGCCGCCAGCUGCGGCUGCUCACAGCGUCAAGUACGAACUGCUGAGCUCCACCAUUGAUGUGGACGAGAUAGUGUCCAUAACGAAUCACAACGCCCCUGUGGCCGACUACGAUCCCGUGUACAAGUCGCUGCAGGCGCUGCGUCUGCCCCGCAGCAUGAUCAAGGACCUGCUGACGGUGGUCUUCCAGCCGCGGAACAAGCGCUACUCCUGGGCCCUGGACUGGCACACGCUGCACGAGCGAUGCCAUGCGCUGCUCAAGAGCCAGGACCUGAAGGAGAAGUUCGUGGAACUCAACAUGGCCGAAGCGAGCGACCGCUUGAAAUACCUGGAGAUCGACUAUGCCAAGUACAGGGAUCGACCCCAGCUGGACUACGGCACCAUUGAGGAGGGCUACGAGAACGCGGCCAACCUGCCGGAGGUGGAGGAGGAACCAAUACCGUCGCCUGCUGUAAAUGAAGAAGCGGCAAAGGUCGCACAGCAGAAAAAGCGGCGACCCGCUAGACGCAAGUUCUGGGAUGAAGUGGAGUUCUCAGAAGACGAGGAGGAGGCAGCCUCAAGCGAUUCGGAGCCCUACUACACGGGAAACGGACGACGGACUCGAGUCAGAGCCGCAGCCAUGGUGGCCAAUGCCAUGCUGUCCGACAUGGAUCGCAGUGUACGCAGUGGCCGGCGAUCCAGCUCCCCAGAGACAUCAGAAGCUAGGUCAGAUCCUCACCACGAAACCGAACGGAAUAUGGACACCGAAGUCAAGCUGCCACAGCCACCAUCCCCAAAGGAAGCAGCUGCCAGUCAGGAUGAGCAUACGAUCAGCGAACUAAUGGAGGCUCGACCAAAAUUCAGCAACGAAACGCCGGGAUUCAAGCCCUUUUCCGACAUCUGGAGUUUCGAGAAGGAGGAGCUGCAGAACGUGACCAGCGAAGGUCAUAACCUGAUGGAGUGCAGCUCGGUGCUCAGCAAGUUUAAGAAGUUGAAGCAGCUCAGAAUAGCAGCAGCAGCAAGGCCCCCCAUUCCAGUGGGAAGGCUGCUUCGCACAGGAUCGGAAACCGAGAGCGUUAACUCCGAAACAUCCACGAUGGCCACGCAAGACUUCAACGAGCGGACCUGCGACGAUAUUUCCGGUGUAAGUAAAGAGCUAACGCCCUCGUCGCCACCAAAAUGUGAAUUAACCAGGGAGCCUGAAGUGUUGCAGCCCGCUAAACGAACCGAAUCGCAGCUAAUGGAGAAGUCCCUGGAAGUUGGGAACCUGACCAAGGAGCCCGUGGAAACGGAGAAGGCUCUAGAAAAUAGGCAGCUGAAAAAGAAGAAUUGCGUUGCAAAAGAGUUUUUGAAAACCGGAUAUCUAAGUGAAGUACGUGAAACUAGACAGCGAAAAGAAGCGGAUUUGAAUACUGGUCAAAAAGAACCUAUCUCCGAUGAAGCUGGUCAGCCUUGCAGUACUACGCAACAAAAAGAGGAGAUUAUGGAAAUGUCUUCUAGGAUUACAGAAACCGACACGGAAACGGACACUGCGGAGGAGACGUUGCAGUACGAAAAUGCCGAAAAGGAACCGGAACGCAAGCGCCGGAAAACCGGAUCAAUAAGCCAGGAUACCAAAUCACAGUCUCCGCCCUGCAAAUCCACCUCAGAGGAGCAGGAGCUCCUUGUCCACAAGUGUCUGACGCAUCCGGCACAAGUAUGCUUGAAGAAGCUCACCUCGCAGGACAUCGCAAAGCUCCGCGGAGUGCGGGUGCGGAUAAAGCGCACCAACUUGGACGACUACUAUCGCAAAAAGCGAAGACAAGCGGUGAGUCUGCUGAGCCAGAGCCAGAGCCACUCCCCGACCGAGGACAGCAAUGCGUCCUCGCACGGCUACGAUAUCCGCAACCACGGCCGCAGGCGCUUCAAGAAGUUCGUGCACAUCACGUCGGACUCGCCGUCUCCCUCGGUGUCCUCGACGCCCUCGCCGCGCAUAAUGCUGGCCAAGGCGGCCUUCAAGCACAUAACAUCCGACUCCUCCACGGAUCUGGAGGAGGUGGCUCGCGCUGCUUCCUCGCUCAGGAGACGGGGACGCGGAAGAGGCCGAGGGACAGGCGGACCCAGGUGCAGGACGGAAGCAACCUCCCGACGAACGUCGGCCUUUCCGCCGGACGUGAUCGAGCUCUCCUCGGACUCGCUGUCCUCCAACUCGCCGGUGCUGGGCGGCAACCACCCGAUGAUCCACUUCUCGGAGGUGAUGGAGAUGGAUCCGCUGUACGAGGAGGCCAUCGUUCCCUUCUAGCACGCUGUCGAUGACCGGAGCAGAUUGCAGAUUGCUGGGCCGCAGGCGAGGCUCUACGUGCUCGGAACGAAUGCAGACGAGGGGUUGCACGGAGGUCGAGCAGAACGGAGAACGAUUCGAGUGGCAGAGGGAGGAAGGAGGACGGAGCAUAGCUGGGAAAAUAGAAUUUGUCUCGCUUGUUAGAAGGCAAUUAGCCCCGGGCACAUUCGGUAUUUGCUUUGGCCAGCACAGAGCCAGGAUUCUGAUGAAAUUAUGUGCAUGUACAUCUGUUUGUCCAAGCCCCGGCUCGUCCAUUGUAUUUCGGCUUCUAUUUGGACUGUGACGACGCCCGCGGGUCUUUAAAAAAAAUUAAAAAUUUUACUUAACUUGCAAGCAAGACUAUUAUAAAUAUAAAGAAAAAUGAGAAAUAUAUAUUGUGUUUGUUAAAAAAGGAAAGUAAAAUUAAAAAAUGUAUAUUUUUUUUAAGAAUAAUAUACUGAUUUCUUGAUCGUUAAGCUUAUUCGUAUUGUGUUGUUUGCUUUAAUAAAAUAAAUUUACACUUUUAAAGCCAUUA